GAAGGGUCUCGGAGUUUGCUUAUACGCUUUUGUUAUGAACCUAAAGUUUAAAUGUGUAGCCACUUCAAGGACUUCCUGUAAGCUAGCAUCAAAAUGGCCACUGGACGUUGUUUGGGUUAGCUGCGUCCCGCUGCUUUGAUGCAGCUCUGGAUCAGACCUUCAUUAUCCUGCAGUGUCAACACUCGGCAUCUUACGCUGGGGGAUUAAACCGGUCCGGUUCAGCUAGAAUGCUAGCCAACACGACGCGGGGCUUCUUGUGGUCGGACGUGGAGACGCGGACCUUGUUGAACAUCUGGGGGGAGCAGGACAUCCAGACGGCGCUGGAUGGAAACUUCCGAAACAGCUUCGUGUACCGCGACGUCUCCCGCAGGCUGGGGGCCAUGGGCUUUGAAAGGACGCCGGAGCAGUGCAGGGUUCGGAUCAAAAGCCUCAAGAGGCAGUACCUGCUGGCCAAGGAGGGUAACCUGCGGAACAACGGGCAGUAUCACAAGAUCUGCAAGUUCUAUGACAUCAUGGAGAGGAUUUUGAGCAACCCGGCUCUCGACGCGCAUGAUUUGAUGAUGGAGAGCGGGGCUGGAGGAGAGGAGGCCGGGGACGGCCUGGAGGAGGAUGGAGAGGAUGCUCAGGAUGUAGAGAGCACUGGAGAGUGUCCCUAUCCUUCUGAGACGGAAGUCAAGCUGGAAUACCCGACUGUCCCCAUUCCCAUCCCACUUAAAGUCACAGUUGGCAACAACAGCACUUCAUCAAGACCGCACAACAGCAGCCAGCCAGCUGGUCAUCUGCCAGCGAGAACACCAAAACGACCCAGGAAGCGACGUUCCAACUUCCCCAUGGAGAAACUGAUGGAGCAGUUCCUGGAGCAGAGCGCCCAAGCCGAGGAGAACUUCUUCCGCGUGGAGGAGCAGCGCCUGCAGAUGGAAGACCACCGUCGGGAGACUGAGCACGCCCGAGAGCUGCACAUGCUCCAGAUGCUCGCCCAGAUGUUCUCGAGCAUCUCCUCGGCCAGACCCAGCUCCGCUGCCAAGGCGGCCGAUCCUCCAGCCCGCGCGCCGGUCAUUACCGGCAGCUCCCCGUUGCACACGCGUGGACGCCCGUCGUCCCAGAAAGACUGUCUGAGUGCAGAUUCAUUAGCGUUCGAGCGUUACUAUAAUUUGGGCUCUUCAUCACACAGAGCCAUGGACAAUGUCAUCUUCUCACUGGUAAAGAGCAUCGUUCCUCCACUGACAUCCAAGAAGCACAAAGGACAAGACGGGCGUAUCGGGAUCGUUGGAGGUUGCCAAGACUACACUGGAGCGCCAUACUUUGCUGCGAUUUCUGCUCUCAAAGUGGGGGCUGACUUGUCUCAUGUGUUUUGCACUAAAGAUGCUGCGACUGUAAUAAAAUCGUACAGCCCUGAGCUUAUAGUGCACCCUGUUCUGGACAGUCUGAAUGCAGUGGAAGAAAUCGAAAAGUGGCUCCCACGAAUUCACAGCCUUGUAGUGGGACCUGGUCUAGGCAGAGAAGAAUCUUUACUGAAAACAGCCAAGGAAGUGAUCGAGAGGUCUAAAGCAAGAGAUAUUCCUAUAGUUAUUGACGCGGAUGGAUUAUGGCUCGUAACGCAACAACCAUCUAUCAUCCAGGGGUACCAGAAAGGUAUCCUCACACCUAACUUCAUGGAGUUCACUCGACUGUUUGAGGCACUGCACCAUGAACCCAUGAACAGCAGUGAUCGUGCACGCAGCGUCAUGCAGCUCAGCGGAGCUAUGGGCAACCUCACUCUGGUGCUAAAGGGGGAGCAGGACCUCAUAUCGGAUGGCAGCAGGGUGUACUCGUGUAGUGUUGAAGGCAGUGGGAGAAGGUGUGGUGGACAGGGUGACCUCCUGUCUGGAUCUUUGGGAGUCCUUGCACACUGGGCUCAUUCUGCUUCAGCAGCAGGCAUGAUCAAAAGUAUGAAUCCAUCAGUGGUCGCAGCUUUCGGUGCCUGUUCUCUUACCAGACAGUGCAACAGUCAAGCGUUUCAGCGACGUGGCAGGUCCACCACCACCUCAGACAUGAUCCAUGAGAUCGGCCCGGCUUUCAGGAAGCUGUUUGAAACCUGAAACUCUACCUGCUUGUAUAAAGCUAUAUUACAGUAACUGUUUAAUGUGUUCUUAACAUGCUGAAUAAAGGUCGGAGUGUGGACCAUCUGGUCAAAAAAGCACUUUGAAUCUGGUAAACAACAA